UUGCAUAAUAAAUCUUGAAAAUAAUUUAAUGAUUUUCAAGACAUAUCUGGCGACUAAUUUGCAAACUUAUUUAUCAUGGGUUAAUUUUAUUUUAUUUUUUUAAAAAAAUUUCUCUCAUGGAUCCUAAUUCACUAUUAUACAUUUUUUUCCCCCAAAACCGAGACCGUUGGUUACCGUUGGCCAUUGUGAAGCCUCCAUAUAAGAUUUGCGAGGCAGAGAUAUAUAUAUAUAUAUAUAUAUAUAUAUAUAUCAUACUAUAUAGUGUGUGUCGGUUUGUACAACAUAUAUAUAUGCACUUUGAGAGAGAGACAGAAAGAGUGUGCGCGAGUUUAGUAUUUGACUUUGUUGUUAGCUUCCCUACUUGUCUUUGUAAUUCCAAUUAGCUGCUAAGGAAUAGGAAAAGGUAUAUGAUAGAGCUCUUUCUUCUUCGUAGGCAUUGAUGGUGACUCAAAUUCAAGGAUUCAUGGUUCCAAACCCAAUUUCGCUUUGUGAGUCCUUCUCAAAUUCCUUGUUUCAUCAUUUCUCGCGCAAAUCAACCAGAAAGUUUCAAAAGUACUUUUUUGGUAAUGUGGGUAAAUUAAAUUUGGCUGCUUUUGGUACUACUGCGAUUUCUCAAGCUCUUAAUGAAUUUCCGGUUGAAGAAAUGGAAGGAGGUCAAAUUGAUUCUCUCAAUUUGAUGGGACGGCGUGAAGUUUCCGCGAAUCAUCAGACUUACCUCUGGCUCUUAGAAGGAUGUCUCAACUCUGGCUCUUUUGUAGAUGCUAAGAAGCUUCAUGGGGCGAUCUUGAAGUCUGGUUUUGGCGCGGAGGAUGCCAUUUGUAGCCGGCUUGUCGAUGUUUAUGUUGCUUUUGAUGAUUUAGAUAGUGCACUCCAGCUUCUUGACAGUUUGCCAAAGAGAAGUGUAUAUUUUUGGAAUAAAGUAAUUUCUGAAUUUGUUGGAAAGAAGCUCACGGCUAGAGUAUUGGGAAUGUUUUCACGAAUGCUAGCAGAAAAUGUGGUUCCACAUGAAAUUAUAUUGAAAAAUGUUCUCAGGGCAUGCGGUGGUGGUAAGUUCACUUUCCAUUGUGUUGAACAGAUUCAUGCUAAGAUUAUCCGUCUUGGUUUUGCUGCAAGUCCAAUUGUUUGUAAUCCAUUAAUUGAUUUGUAUUCGAAGAGUGGGUUUGUUAGUUCUGCUAGAAUGGUAUUUCAAAGAUUAUCUUUGAGGGAUAGUGUUUCUUGGGUUGCUAUGAUCUCUGGUUUAUCUCAAAACCAACAUGAAGAAGAAGCCAUUCUCCUAUUUCAUGAGAUGCUUGUGUCAGGAACUAUCCCCACUCCAUUUAGCUUUUCAAGUGUUAUAAGUGCCUGCACGAAAAUAGAGUUAUUUAAGAUUGGAGAGCAGCUUCAUGCCCUUGUUUUCAAAUGGGGACUUGCAUCUGAAACUUACGUUAGUAAUGCUCUUAUUACAUUGUAUUCCCGUGGUGGGAACUUGAUAUGCGCUGAACAAAUUUUGAGCAAAAUGCCUUACAGGGAUGAAAUUUCGUAUAAUUCACUCAUCUCAGGGCUGGCUCAGUGCGGAUUCAGUGAGAGGGCUCUACUGUUAUUUGAGAAAAUGCAGCUUGAUUCAUUCAAACCUGAUUGUGUUACAAUUGCAAGCCUCUUGAGUGCCUGUGCAUCAGUUGGUGCUCUUCAUAAGGGAGAACAACUCCACUCAUAUGCAAUAAAGGCUGGUGUUUCUUCAGAUAUCAUUAUUGAGGGUUCCUUGCUUGACCUUUAUGUGAAUUGUUCCGACAUUGAAAUUGCCCGUGAAUUCUUCCUUACAACUCAGACUGAAAAUGUGGUUCUAUGGAAUGUGAUGCUAGUGGCUUAUGGGCAGAUGGGUAAUCUGAGUGAGUCACUCCAGAUAUUUUCUCAGAUGCAGAUUGAAGGCUUGAGACCUAAUCAAUACACCUACCCAAGUAUAUUGAAAACAUGUACUUCCGUGGGAGCUUUGGAUCUAGGAGAGCAAAUCCAUACCCAAGUCAUUAAGACUGGCUUUCAGCCAAAUGUUUAUGUUUGUAGUGUGCUUAUAGAUAUGUAUGCCAAGCACGGAAAACUGGACACUGCUUGGAAAAUUCUUAGACGACUCAAUGAAGAAGAUGUUGUAUCCUGGACAGCUAUGAUUGCUGGCUAUGCUCAACAUGAUUUGUUUGGCGAAGCUCUUAAACUCUUUCAAGAAAUGCAAGACCAAGGGAUUCGUUCAGACAACAUAGGAUUUUCAAGUGCGAUCAGUGCAUGUGCUGGAAUUCAAGCACUCAAUCAAGGACAACAAAUUCAUGCUCAAUCAAUUGUCUCUGGUUACUCUAUGGAUCUUUCAAUUGGAAAUGCACUGGUUUGUCUUUAUGCUAGAUGUGGUAGAAUACAAGAUGCAUACUUAGCAUUUGACAAAAUUGAUGCUAAAGAUAAUAUUUCAUGGAAUGGAUUGAUAUCGGGAUUUGCUCAGAGUGGGCACUGUGAGGAAGCAUUACAGGUGUUCUCUCGAAUGAAUCGAGCUGGAGUAGAAGCUAAUAUAUUCACAUUUUGUUCUGCUGUUAGUGCUGCUGCCAAUACAGCAAACAUAAAACAAGGGAAGCAGAUUCAUGCUGAGAUAAUAAAAACAGGGCAUGAUACAGAAACUGAGGUCUCCAAUGCUUUAAUCACAUUGUAUGCAAAAUGUGGGAGCCUUGAUGAUGCCAAAAAAGAAUUCCUUGAAAUGCCCGAGAAAAAUGAAGUUUCAUGGAAUGCCAUGAUUACAGGCUACUCUCAACAUGGAUAUGGUACUGAAGCAAUAAAACUCUUUGAGGAAAUGAAACAGCUUGGUGUGAUGCCAAACUAUGUCACCUUUGUAGGUGUUUUAGCAGCCUGUAGCCAUGUGGGUUUGGUAGACAUGGGGCUCAGCUAUUUCAAAUCCAUGAGCGAAGAGCAUGGCCUAGUGCCUAAACCAGAACAUUAUGCUUGUGUAGUAGAUAUUCUUGGACGAGCUGGCUUUGUGAGCCGUGCAAGAGACUUUAUAAAGGGGAUGCCAAUUGAACCAGAUGCCAUGGUCUGGCGGACCCUCCUAAGUGCUUGCACAGUUCAUAAGAACAUGGAAAUUGGAGAAUUUGCCGCCCAUCAUCUUCUAGAACUGGAAUCUGAAGACUCAGCAACUUAUGUUCUCCUUUCUAAUAUGUAUGCACUGGCUGGAAAAUGGGCUUGUAGGGAUCAGACGAGGCAAAUGAUGAAAGACAGAGGUGUUAAGAAAGAGCCUGGUCGUAGCUGGAUUGAGGUGGAGAACUCAGUUCACGCAUUCUUUGUGGGCGAUAGACUCCAUCCGCUGGCGGAUAACAUAUAUGAAUACUUAGAGGAUCUGAACAAAAGGGCUGCUGCUAUUGGUUACGUACAAGACCGUUACAGCCUUUUGAAUGAUACAGAGCUGGGGCAGAAAGACCCAACUGUGCACAUUCACAGUGAAAAACUGGCUAUUACUUUUGGUCUCCUAAGCUUGUCAAGUACAAUACCGUUGCGUGUGAUUAAGAACCUUCGUGUCUGCAAUGAUUGCCAUAAUUGGAUUAAGUUUGUAUCAAAGAUUUCAAACCGGACUAUUGUAGUACGAGAUGUAUACCGCUUUCAUCAUUUUGAAGGAGGUUUCUGUUCGUGUAAAGAUUAUUGGUAACUUAAACUGCAGAAAUUUGAUCAGGGAAAGAAGGUUGAGUGAUUAGGCACUUGAAGUUUUGAUAAUACAUCUUAGUCUCCAAGGCAAGGAUGAUGAUGACAAUCUUUGUCUCCAAUGAUGAUUUUGGCCUCUACUUAUUAUGACAGCAUUUGGUGAAGGAAUCAAACAAACAGAGAUCCUUCUGACGAGCUUUUACUUUGUGCUUGUUCUCUCUGGGUUAUUCUAUUGAAAUUCGAUGGUACUGGAACUGUUAUGAGGCUCUCCAAUUCACUUCCAACUUAAUUUAUCUUUGCAAGACACGGUGCUUUCAAGUUUGUGCUGCUCUGAUGUGCUUGAGAGCAUUGUCAACAGCAAUUUGGUUCUUCCUUGGCGAGCUUUUUCAGCACUUGCCCUUUUGUAUCUGGAGCUUUGAAGAGGAAUGUCUUCAUGCCGCAUUCAAGGAGACUAUAAGAUCACGUAAAUCGGCUUUCCCUGCAAGCCCUUAUGAGAUGAUAGUCCUUUCUUGCCAUUGUUAUAAAAAAUAGUAAGUUUUGAUUCUCGCCAAUUUCUUGAUCGUGGUGCAUAUAUGCAGAUCAAAGUUUGGUGAUUUAAGUUUGGUUCGGGAAAUCAGGUACCAUGAGUUAUAAACAGGUAGUAGAGAAACACAAGGCUUGGACUUUGCAAAAUGAUUCUUUCAAAUAGAAAGUUGAAGAAGAUUUUCACACAAAUUGUACAGAUAAAGGUGAAUUUUAUUUAGUUGAGGAAAUGAAAUCCCCAGUGGACUGCUGACCUUGAAAGAUGAAAACUACUGCAAAACUUGGACAUAUUUGAGAUCUAAUUAUUUUUUGCUUUUUCAUUGUUGUUGACCUGAGAGAUUGUCAUCUCUGAUCUAAAGAAGUUUUGAGACGAUUUGCCCCCUUUUUGCACAGCCCUGUUUGUACCAUGUACUCUUUUUUUGAUUCUGUUCAAUUUACUAGCUUAUGUAUAAAUUAAAAUUGAAAUAAAGAGAUUUAUUUAAAAAAAAAAAAA